GUACUCGAUUUGCGCUGUUUAUUUAAUUAUUAAGUUCGUGUAAAAAUUUUAAUUUAUUAAUAUGACGACAAGGUCUUGCGCGUACAAGGACUGCGAAUACUGUUACGUGGGCCACGAAAACGCGCUGACCAAAGGAAGAACCCUGUUUGCCUUUCCCAAACAACCGCACCGGGCGAGAAUCUGGCACGAAAACGGCCAAGUGCAUCCAAAGAUUCCCCAUAGCCAGCUUUUUAUGUGCUCCCUUCACUUUGACCGCAAGUUCAUAUCCUCCUCCAAGAACAGAACGCUCCUCGUCGGCGAGGCAGUGCCGUAUCCGUAUGAGGAAAGCAGUACCAAGCCGGAGGAGGAGCCCCAACAAGUGGCUUCCACUUCGCAUGAGAGCUACUAUAUAAACCUGAGCGACGAUGAGCUCAGCAUCAACAAUGUGGACACCACCUCAAUUACCACAACUCUUAAGAAGGAUCUUGAUAUAGUCCACGAUAGUCCACCGCAGAAGCGCCCGAAGGAAUCCUCCAUUGUCAUUGCUCUAGAGGAAGCUGUGAAAACGGAACCCAAAUCGAAUGCAGGCCGAGUUAGAGCCGAACCCGACAAUAUAGAUACUACUGAAGUGUCUGUGUUCAACUUCAAGGGACAGGAGUACGUACAAAUGUCCAUGGAGUAUUACUUGGAGGAAAAGCGGAAAAUGGCUGAACUUUUACAAGACUAUAGAAACGCUUUAAGAAGCAUCAAGACACAUGUUUCCCACCUCGACCUUUAACUUUAUCAAUGUUAUACAUGUUCUUCUGUCAAUUUACUGAACGUAUUCUUAGGCAAUAAGCAACCAACGAAAUGGGAAUCAACCCUAAUAAUUUAUUUCAUAAUACUUUGAGAAUAAAAACUGAUAAAUAUUAA